AUGCCGCCCUUAGCAGCCAACAGGGUCACCCUCCGGGAGCUGGCCGACUUGGCGAUUGGCACUCCAGAGGUGGGAGCGGUGAACUUCACGGCCCUGCAUACCCUGAUAGUGGCCAUACUCAAGAGCCUCAACCUCCAACAGGUAGCGAUUGACUUCCACAACCCGUCGGCGACUGAGCCUGGCCCCUCAGCUGAGUCGAUCCGAGAUGCCAUCAGCACCCCACAAGUGCCAAGCAGCAAAGAGAAGCGCCGGAGUGUGACCAAACAGUCAUCUCAGCAGACCCUGGAGAGCCAGAUGAAGGACCUGGGCAGCCAGGUCCUGGACCUCAGCAAGCAGCUUAAGAAUAUGGACAACAAAGUGCAGGGCAUUGCCACGCAAGUGGAACACAUCUCCACAGGCACUGACCUCUUCCAGGAGCUCCCCAAGACGGAAGAGGAGACGGCUCUGCUGGCCCCACAUAUAUCCCCACGUAUAUCCCCACAGACAUCUCUGACAAAGCCCACAAAGAUCUACGAAUCCACGGAGAUGGUGGACAAGUCUGAGCCCACAGUGGGGAUGCCCCCCAAGACAGAACCAAAGCUCGUAAAGACUCAGGAAGAUACCAGCCCAGCCAAGUCCUCGAGUGUGCUCCAAGACCUCAUAGAAGAGGUGAAGGUUCUGAAAGAAGCCCACCAGAAGGCGCAGGAGUCACCUGAGCUGAAUGUCCAGGAGCUCCUUCAGCGUGUCAAUGAACUCGAGAAGGUAGUCAAAGACCGAGAAGAAUACCUGGAUCAGUUGAAUCGGAGGCUGAAUCUUGCUCCAGGUACUGAAGAACUCACCUUGGUCACCUGGGAGGAGCUGGAACAAGCAAUCACUGAUGGCUGGAAAGCUUCAAGAGGGAGCUCAGAUUCAUCGUCGGCAACGCUUGGCAAGCGUAAAAUGACAUUGUCAACAUCAAGCGACCUUCCAAGUGGACUGUUUCCCAAGACCCCCGCUGAUGGCCAGGCUCUGGGUUCCGCUGGUGGCCCAGAAAUGAUGCUAGCCAGCGGUGUGGAGCGCCCCCCUGAGAGGAUCGUUAGCAGAGACCAGAGCAGAGCCAGAGAUCUGCCCUCACGGGCCCGGGAGCCAUCCCAGGUCACAUCACAAGCAGAUCGCCAGAGGAUGAGAGAGUCUGCGGCUCCCACAGGCAAAAGAAGAGACGAACAACAGCCUGGCCCAACCCCAAAAGUCGUACCUCCAGUCAGAGACCAGCAUGUUGGGGCACCCGCUAGUCAGGACCAAGUCUUGCCAAGUCCAGAGGAGCGUAGGAUCGCACCAUUUGGCAUGGAUCAACCUCCAGGGCUCUAUCCUGGCCCUUAUCCUCCAGCUGUGAUGCCCCUCACUAUACCUCAGCUGGGUGUAUUACCACCAGAGAUGGAUGAGCAGGGAUUGAUGCCUCUCGCUAUGGAUGAGAGUGGUGUAAUGCCACCGUCGGUACCUGACAGGGGUCAACAAAGACUGGAAAAAGCUAGUACAACUCAGCUUGCUACAGUUCCACUCAGCAUGUAUCAGCAAGCCGUGAUCCUUCCUAGAACAGACCAACCUGGCAUGGAACAGGCUAUCACGUAUGACAGUGGUGUGGUACCAUGGGACACGAGUAGACAAGGGUUGAUACCAGUUGGCAUAAAUCAGCAUGGAUUUGUAAUAUUAAGCACAAGUCAGCAAGGACUAAUCGCCCCUGGUGUGGAUCAGCAGGGAUUGGUAAUGCCUGGCAUAGAUCAGCGUGCAUUCCCUCCAUCUCUUCCAGAUCAAUAUGGCUUGAUGUCACCUGGUUUGAUGCAAGUUAGUACAGAUCGACAAGGCUUUGGACAGCCCAGCUUAGCAGCACCAGGCUUCGCACAACCUGAUGUAGAUCAGCGAGGCUUGGUGCAGCCCGGCGUCGACCAGCGUGGCUUGGUGCAGCCUGGUGUAGAUCAGCGAGGCUUGGUGCAACCCGGUGUAGAUCAGCGUGGUGUAGUACAGCCCAUUGUCGAUCAGCGUGGCUUGGUGCAGCCCGGUGUAGAUCAGCGAGGCUUGGUGCAGCCCGGUGUAGAUCAGCGUGGCUUGGUGCAGCCCAGUGUAGAUCAGCGUGGUGUAGUACAGCCCAUUGUCGAUCAGCGUGGCUUGGUGCAGCCCGGUGUAGAUCAGCGUGGCUUGGUGCAGCCCGGUGUAGACCCGCGUGUUUUGAUGAAGACUGGAACAGAUAGACGUAGUUCAGCACCUGUUGGGGCCGAUCAGCGGAGUUCCGUGCGGGCUGAGGCAGAGAGGCGAAGUUCAGCACCUGUUGGGGCAGAACAGCGGAGCCCAGUGCAGCCUGAGGCAAGCUGGCAAGCUUCAGCACAUCCUGGAACAGCUAGGCCGAGUUCAGUGCAGCCAGGGGCAGAGCAACGUGAUUUGGUACAACCUAGUGCUGAUUGGGAUGGUUUGGUACAGCCCAGCACAGACCAACAGCUGGUACCUCCUGAUACAGGCCAGCCUAGCUUGAUUCAGCCUGGUGUAUAUCCACCUGAUUUGACACAACUUGGCACAGGACAAGGUUUAGUGCAACCUGGCACAGGUCAGCCUGUUUGGGUUCAACCCAGCACAGAUCAGCCUAGGUGGGUCCAGUCUGGUGCAUUUCUGCCUGGUUUGGUACAACCUAGUGUAGAACAACAUGGUUUGGCACAACUUGGAAUGGGUCAGCAGGGAUUGGUACAACCAGGUGCUUAUGCCCCUGGGUUGAUGCAACCUGGUAUAAUUCAGGAUAGUUUGGUACAACCUUUUGUGCAGCCUGGUGCAGACUGGAGUUAUGCGCAGCCUGGUGUAGAUGGACUCGAUAUGGCACAACCAGGCGCAGUUCAGCGUGGCCUGGUGCAACCUGGGACAUUCCCUGGUGGUUGGAUGCAGCCUGAUACAUAUUCACCUGGCUUGGUCCAACCUGGUAUAGGUCAAUAUGGUUUGGUUCAGCCAAGUGUAGCACAACGUGGUGAAGAUCAGCGUGGUUUGAUGCAACCUGUCGUAGAUCAACUCGAUUGGAUGCAACCUGGAAUAGAUCGCAGUAGUUCGGUACCACCUGGUGCAGAGGAGAGCAGCUUAUCCCAACCUGGGAUGGGUCAACAGGGUUUGACACAACCUGGCAUGGAUCAGUAUGGAAUAGUUCAGCCUGGUGCAGGCCUUCUUGGCUUGGUUCAGCCUGGUGUGGGCCCUCUUGGUUUGGUUCAGUCUGGUGUGGGCCCUCGUGGCUUGGUUCAGCCUGGUGUGGGCCCUCUUGGUUUGGUUCAGUCUGGUGUGGGCCCUCGUGGCUUGGUUCAGCCUGGGGCGGGCCCUCGUGGCUUGGUUCAGCCUGGGGCGGGCCCUCGUGGCUUGGUUCAGCCUGGUGUGGGCCCUCGUGGCUUGGUUCAACCUGGUACAGGCCCUCUUGGUUUGGUUCAGCCUGGUGUUCACAUGCCUAGCUUGGCUCCACUUGGUGCAUACCCUCCUGGUGCUCCUCAUCCACGUGGUUUGAGACAACCCGUUUCAAGUCAACCAGGCUUCAUAGCACCAAGCAUAGAGAUCCGUGGCUUUCCACCAGAUCUAUAUCUAACUCCUGAACAAGCCAGGCAAGAUAAAUUUCCUGUCACGGACCGUCAGGGCCCAGAUCAUCAAGGCCCGAGAAUCCAGUAUGACCAAACACAGGCUGUCCUGGGUUACCCUAGCCGAGGACACAUGGUUGAUGUGUCUAGCCAGGCCUCUUGGGAUCCGAGCAGGAAACAUGCCUUUGUUCAAUUUGAAUUGGCGACCCCAGACCAAGACACCACUGACUCCAGCACUCGCGUGUCCUUGAGCUACCCCCAGCAAGUCUCCUCAGGCAGUGAGGUCCACAGCGAGCGGCAGGAGUCGCUGGAAAAAUUGGCCCCAAGUUUCCCCAUGGCGGUGGAAACAUUCCGCCUGAUGGGCGAGCUUAUUAGCCUUUAUAUGGAACUGAAGGAGCACAUGAAGGAUUUGGAUGAGCAACUCUCUGGCCAGUCGGACUUGGAUAAAGUCCAGUACCUCCUCUCCAUGAUGGUCAAAAAGACCAUACCUCAGGACCUGCAGGAGCAGAUGAAGAGCCUAAAGACCUUGACCAAGGAAGUGCGGAAGGACAAGGACAGACUGGAGAAGAUACAGAGGCUGAUAGAGGGCGACAGCUCUUCAGGGAAGGAAAUGAAGCCCAGUCAGCUGACUUUGCAGCUGGGCAUCCUCAGGGUCACGGUCUCCGAUAUCGAGAAGGAGCUGUCUGAGCUGAGGGAGAGCCAAGAGCGAGGCAAGGCUGCCAUGGAGAAUUCAGUCUCUGAAGCCUCCCUCUACCUACAGGAUCAGCUGGACAAGCUCAGGACCAUCAUUGAGAGCAUGCUGAGCUCCUCCUCCACGCUGCUGUCCCUGAGCAUAACCCCGCACAAGUCCACCAGCACCCUGGUGCCCGGCCAGAUCGACCCUGAGGCCACCUGCCCAGCCUGCAGUCUGGAUGUGGGCCACCAAGUCAGCCUGCUGGUCCAGCGCUAUGAGCAGCUGCAGGACAUGGUCAGCAGCCUGGCUGCCUCGAGGCCCUCCAAGAAGGCCAAGCUGCAGAGCCAGGACGAGGAGCUGCUGGGUCACGUGCAGAGCGCCAUCCUGCAAGUCCAGGGCGACUGCGAGAAGCUCAACAUCACUACCAGCAACCUCAUUGAGGACCAUCGGCAGAAGCAGAAAGACAUUGAAGUGCUGUACCAGGGUCUAGAGAGGCUGGAGAAGGAAAAAGCUGACCGAGAUCACCUGGAGAUGGAGAUCGAUGUAAAAGCAGACAAGAGCGCCCUGGCGUCCAAAGUGAGCCGGAUCCAAUUUGACGCCACCACCGAGCAGCUGAACCACAUGAUGCAGGAACUGGUGGCCAAGAUGAGCGGACAGGAGCAGGACUGGCAGAAACUUCUGGACAAGCUCCUGGCGGAGAUGGACAGCAAGCUGGACCGCCUGGAGCUGGACCCACUGAAGCAGAUGCUGGAGGACCGCUGGAAAUCGCUGCGGCAGCAGCUCAAAGAGCGCUCUCCACUCUACCAGGCAGACGAGGCAGCUGCCAUGCGCAGGCAGCUCUUGGCUCAUUUCCACUGCCUGUCCUGCGACCGUCCCCUGGAGACAUCGGUGACUGGACAAGUCCUCUCUAUGACCCCUGUAGUUCCCAGCAUGCCCGGGCACCGUUCUAUCCGGCCUUAUACUGUGUUUGAGCUAGAGCAGGUCCGACAGCAGAGCCGCAACCUGAAGCUGGGCGGCAGCUUCUUUCGGGGCGAUCUGUCCCAGAUGGAGCGGAGUGUGGGGCGCCUGCGCAGCAUGCACUCCAAGAUGCUGAUGGACAUCGAGAAGGUGCAGAUCCACUUCGGAGGCUCCGUGAAGGCCAGCAGCCAGAUGAUCCGAGAGCUGAUGCACGCUCAAUGCCUCAGCCACCCGUGCUACAAACGGGGGGUAGAUACGGCAGACUAUACCUACUCCACGGUGCCCCGGCGCUGUGGGGGCAGCCACACCCUCACCUACCCUUACCGCCGAAACCGCCCUCAGCACCUGUCUCCGCUGGAGGAGAUCCAGAUUGCCAUGAAGCAUGAUGAGGUUGAUAUCUUGGGCCUUGAUGGACACAUCUACAAGGGACGAAUGGAUACCAGGUUGCCAGGCAUCCUAGGGAAAGACGGAAUGUCAAAGCACAAGUCCAAGCAGCUGCAGCAGCUCCAGCAGUUACAACAGCUGCAUCAGCUGCAGCAGAUGCAGCAGCUUCAGCAGGCUCAGCAGGCCCAGCAUGCCCGGCCCCACGUGCACAGACAGCCUUCCCUGGGCAACGGCGGCCUGCCACCCUCUCGGCCUCAGAGUGCACAGAUGCUGGCUGACAGCAAUUCAGUUCCUUCAGGGCAAAAGAAAGACAGACCCAUCUCCUCUGAGGGGCGUCUCUCCCAGCCGAAUGUGGCCCACGCAUCCAUCCCCACAGAGAUGGCAGGUCUGCAGGGCAGCCCAUCUGGUCUGAAUGUCCACAUGGAUGUGCCUCCUAGGGAGGGGAUGGAGGAGCCCACCCGAGGCCCGAGGUCCACCACUGCUCACUAAAUAGAGACAGAAAUAAAAGUUU